CAUAACAGAAAACUAUUAGACGACAGCAGCCCGAGCCCACUGGUUCAUGGCCCAGUUAAGUAUUGUCGACGAUGACCCGGAUUCCGACGCUCGUAUUUCCAUCGCUGAUGCCGGACCCUCCGACGGCAACCUCGCAUCCUACAGCUGCGAACUUCAGGCAGAGAACGGGAAAUCAGUAAGGAAGGAGAGCUUCGCCUCGUCUGGUCAUUAGCUCGUCAAGGUAAUCAACGCUUCAAUUUGAUUCCGACAAUCCAAAAUUUGCUUUCGUUUUACGGACUUGGGGUUUCCCCCAACUCUAUUUGCUUUCAAUUAUGAUCGGGAAGAGUGGUACUCUUUCUUUGGAAUUCGACCGCUGUUCCAGUACUUGGACCGGAAGUUCCAUGUUUUUGCUUCGUUUCAUUGUGUAUUUUGGGAUUGCUUUGAGAUUCAAAUUUGCAUAACCACAAGGUGUUCGACGAAAUACCUUAACUAAGCCGAGUUUAAGAUUUAGUUGUGGUUCGAGAAGAGCUCUUUUUUAUUGUGAAGUAUGUUUAUUCAGGGAGGGGAAUUGAACUGAAUUAGUCGAACAAGUGAAUACGAAUGGCUGAAGUAAGCUUGGGGAUUCUCAUUGAUAUUGUGGACGACGAGUGGAUGAGAGAUACUCUGCCUGACGAUGAUCUCCCGUUACCUCCUGUUCUGGUUGUCCGCACCGAUGAGGCUGAAGAAUCAAGUAUGUCCUCUCCACCUUCAACCAAACUUCAAUACCCUCCUUGCUCUAUGCCUAAUGUUGCUUGUUUCGUUUAAGAAAUGAAAACACCAAUGAAAGUAGUUGAAAAAUAGGUUUUGCUCUUUGAUCUUAUGCUACAAACAUGGGAAAUCAGGAGCAUUGAAAACCUUCAUACCAUUUCUGUUCUUCGCCCUUUGUCGGUUAAAACUUAAAACCAGUCACACCACCUUAGUUUGCACUUUAAGUCUUCUUCCCUCCAUUCCAAUCCUGCUAUGUUCUGGUCCAUCAAAUAUGAUGACUGUUUCUACCCAAAAAAAAAAAAAAUUGACGACUGUCGAGCAGCUAUGUUACGAAGGAAUAAAAUGUUGCUGUGCUUUGGUGUGUUCGUUUAUCUCCAUCAUUUGCUUUUGGCAGAUCAUGAGCCUCAGCCGGUCGAGCAAGAUACCUGGCAUGACCUUGCCCUAGGUAGUCAAUGAACCCUGAAGUCACUUACUUUGGUACGGUUGGCCAUAUGCGCAUUUGGUUUUAUGUAAUUGGAGAGUGAGAUCGUUCCUAUUGUAAGCCCUAUGCAGAAGAGGAUUCAUGAAUUGAACUGAAACAUGGCAUUUGAUUCCAUCAAACAGGUUCAUUUCCAUCCAUGUCUGGAGUAUGUCAAGAACUUUGUUUCUUCCUUGGUGUUGAUAUCUAGCAUGUGCAUUUUGCAUGUCUUUUUGCUGUUGGACUAGCUCCCUUGACCAGCUUAGCUGCAACAGUUGGCUGUAGAGGAAUUUCAGAAGAUCCCAACAUGAAUACAAUGACCAAAAUCUGUUCAUAGUCUGACCCUCUUGACUAAACUUGACCUGACAUGGGUGGGUGGGGAAGAGCAGAGCAGGCGACUAGGGUUGUAUAAUAAUUUUAAAGAGCUAUU